AUGUUUGCCAACGGCCCCGAUCAACAGUUCUACCAAACCCCAGCUCCACCACCACCGCCACCGUCUCAGCAACCUCAGCAACCACAGUCACAGCAACAUCAGAGUGUGAUUGUCCGUCAGCCAGAUCUGCCAGAUGAGCCUGACGAUGCCGGCUACGCGGCUCCAGCCUCGUACUACGGCUUGGCCCCGUCAGCAGUGGUUCCCAAUGCCUAUCCGUCUCCUUACAAUAUGAAUAUGCCUAUUCCUUUUUUACUCGGAGACUGGAAUCAACUUGGAAUGGUGGGCUUACGUCUUGUUUAUUUCUUUUGA